GGCAUCCCCGCCGAGAGUCCGCUGGCGCCUGACACAGCGCGCCUCUCUCCCUCCCGCGCGGGUGUUUGUUUAGGGUCCCCUCGAGCCAAUCAGGCUGGCCGGCUGCACUUUUCCGGCGCGGCUGUUGGAGGAGGCGCCUCGGUCGGUUUGUCGGUCGCUCCCUGUCAGGCGCCGCUCCGGUCCGCGCUCUGCUUUGGCCGCUCGCAGUCCGCCGCAGCCGCAGGAAAGAGAAGCCUCCGGAGCCGCGGCCCAAGAGAGGCUUGUCUUGACCGAGCCGCGGUAGCCAAACGGCGAAAGGCUUGCUCAGCGCCGCAGGGCUGGAUGGCCCUGGCCGAGGGCGGCUGGUGCCUGCUGAAGCGCUGCGGUCCCGACGAUUCGCCUUACCCGUUGGUCCCCCGGGAAGUGCCGGGCCCUUCGCCCUCGCCUUCCUCGUCCUCGGGCUGUUCCCCCAGCGGGGGCGGGGGCCCGCCCAACGUCAGGAGCUUCAAGCAGGAGCCCGGAGGCGCUCUCUCGACCUCGCCGCAGAUCGGCCUGGCCGAAGGCCGAGCCUUGCUGGGGCCUUUUGUGUCUCUGGCGGCGGCGGCGGCGCCCUCCAGCCUGCCCAGCUGGGAGGACUUGCUCCUUUUCGCGGACUUGGAUCAGGCCAACAAACUGAUCUGGUCAAGCCGGGCCUCGGCCAAGCUGAGCCCGGAUCCCCCGCCGCCGCCAAUAAUCGAGGACAUGUACCACCACCCGCACGCCCACCCUCACUCCCAGAGCCUACAGGGCGGCACCUAUGACGGAGCGUCCCCGGGCAGCGGCGGAGGCGGCUUCGUGCCUUCCACGGCCGGAUCUCCUGUCUACGUGCCGACCACCCGCGUCGGGUCCAUGCUGCCUUACCUCCAGAAUCCCCCGGGCGCGGGACAGGCCGGGGGACCGUCAGCUUGGCCCCCGCAGGGCGCCCCGGAAAGCCCGUCCUCUUCCUAUGGCGCCAGUGCUGGCGGAUGCGCCCAUCCAGCCUCGGGCCGUUUCUCCUACCCAGCUGGCAGCCCCCCGGCUUCCAACGGCGCCCCCCGGGAACCGGCAGCCUACAGCCCGCGCGAGCAGUUCCGGCCGCUGAACGGAUCCUACUACAACCCCUACGUGGGCGCCCAGUUCAGCCCGCCAGGCUGGGCAAGUCCCUUCGACAACUCUCUGCUGCACUGCCUGCCCAGCCGAGCCACCACCCUCGCCGUGAGGCCGUCCAGCGCAGAUCUCCUGGAUGAUCUGAAUGAGAGCCGGGAAUGCGUCAACUGUGGCUCCAUCCAGACCCCCCUGUGGAGAAGAGAUGGGACUGGCAACUAUCUCUGCAAUGCCUGUGGGUUGUACACCAAGAUGAAUGGCCUCAGUAGACCCCUGAUCAAACCUCAGAAGAGAGUGCCUUCUUCAAGGCGAUUGGGCUUAUCCUGUGCGAACUGUCAUACCACAACCACCACUCUUUGGCGCAGGAAUGCAGAAGGAGAGCCCGUGUGCAAUGCUUGUGGCCUGUACAUGAAGCUUCAUGGGGUGCCCCGACCUCUUGCUAUGAAAAAAGAGGGAAUUCAAACCAGGAAACGAAAACCAAAGAAUAUAGCUAAGACAAAAUCAUGCUCUGGUAAUAAUAACAAUAAUGCUGUUCCUAUGACUCCAACUUCCACAUCUUCUACAAACUCAGAUGACUGUAGAAAAAAUGCUUCCCCAAGCACACAAACAGCCUCAGGGGCAGUCUCUUCUGUGAUGUCCAGCCGGGGUGAGAGCACCAGUCCCGAGACUAGCGCACUCAAAUAUUCUGGCCAGGAAGGCCUCUACUCCGGUGUUAGCCUGACUUCCACUGCAGAAGUGACAGCUUCUGUGAGACAAGAUUCUUCCUGGUGUGCCUUAGCUCUAGCGUGAAUUGGUGGCACAUCAAUGCUGGUGUGGAUAUUUGCCCGGGGCUGCAGCCAGUCAUUUGCCCUUGUGUUGGAUAUUUUUGCCUUGAUCAAGCAGUCCAAGAAGCUGUAGCAGUGAGGGCAGGGACGUUUUGCCCAUCAUACCUGCUUCUAGAUAACAUUUCUUCCCUGCAACACUGACUCUCCAAGUCAUGAGUCUGCAAGAGAUUCAAGGGAGUUGGAACUGCUUUUUUUUUUUUUAACUCAACAAGGAGUGCCCUUCUGCACUAUUCAUAGAUCUUCACCGUGACUAUCUAUGCUGGCCUCGUAUAUUUGAGGAUUGUGUCUUUGUCUCACUCCCACGUGACCAACAUCCAAGACCUGAUUGAUGUUGACAUUUUUCUUUUCUUUUUGUAGACAAAGUAGGCAAAGCUUACAUUACAGCGGAUAAUGCAGUGUAGAAGAGCAAUGCAAAUGUGCAUCUUGUCCAUAUGUGUAACUGCAUAUCUUGUACUUGACAGUUUCUGAUCUUUCUCCCAGGUCAGUGUUCCCAGCUAGUGCCUUCUGCUCUAUAUUUUCUGGGUAGUUUUUCUGAAGUAAGUAAAGACCAAUGAAGGAAAACAUUUGGUACACCCUUCUCAAGUUAGAACUUGCUAACAAGAACGUAUACUGAAAUAUUUGCAUUAUCGUCUUUUAAGUAUAUACUGUGAUGGAAGAGGUGGAGCAUCUACGAUAUGACUGAACUGUAUGUAGUCAGUCAGAAUUUGUAAACAGGGUAGCCUUUAAAAAAAAAAGAGAUCCCUUUUGCAUAUACACAAUUUUGUUUUCAUGAAAAGUGCAAUUUCUCUUGCAGCAAUCAGUGUUAAAUCAUAAGCAUAAGAUUUAACCGCAGUUUUUAUACGAAUGAAUGGAAUGAAUGUAAACAUUUUAACUUAAUGGUACAUAAAUAAUUUAAAAGAAAACAAGUUAAACUAGGCAUCUUUAUAGGGUUUUUUUUAUUGCAACAAAAAUGUUUGAUGUCUGUGUUUCUGAUUUUCAAGCAAACGUUUCAAGAACAAAAGUUUUCUCAGGAAAAAAAAAAGAUUGGCCUGUCUAACCUAGCCUUCCACAAAGCUCUUGGCCUCCAACCGAGUUGGAUUGCAAUGCCCAGAACACCAACCCUGCAUCAUGGAAGAUUGAUGCUGAUUGGGAAUUCUGAUAGUUGUAGCUAGACCUAUGGAGCAGGGCUGGCCUAUCUAGUCAUAAGCUUUUAUAGAUACACAGUCAUCCCUACUCUCUUACCACCAAUAAAGUAUGUGCUAGAAAAGUG